UAAUGUUUUGAGUGAAUUGCGUAGUUAUGCAAAUAGUCGUUUUAUAAGUGUUUCGUUCUACCGAUUCUAACAACACAUACUUUACACCGUGUGUAACGAAUAAUGAAUAGUACAAUGUAUGUGGUCGUGUUAAUUUUCUUAUAUGGAUCGUUUGUAACAUCUUUCGUGUAUGGGUAUCCGUCGUUUUUAAAAUUUUGGCUUAAACCAAAAUCAACGCAGCCGACCGAAGAUUCCGAGGAAUACGAAAUGUUGGACACACACAACAAGGGAUUCGUUUAUGUGCUGAACGAUCUGAAAACGAUGAACGACCAUCCCAUAGUAUUCGACUGGGACGAGAUGACAAUGUUGUCGGAGUCAUCCAGCUACGGCGUGUAUAGAACAACACAAAAAGAAGUCGCCCUAUUGAAGUACAAACGGAAAAUGCAAGACUUGCAGUGCACAAACGGGGCGAUCGCGCAGUCUGUGCUUUACCAUCUGAGACGUUUCGCCAAACAGAAGAACAAAACUAGCGCCGUCGUGCAAACAAAACCCACGUUGGUUCGGUUCAAAACGACCGUGGCCAGAAUGCUGUCGGUUUUGUUGUUCGGCAAGACUGUGGCGCAUAGAUGGCUCUGGCUGUUGUAUUUCGGGAUUUACAGGGCUUUGGAUCCGGAUUGGACCGACCGAGACUUGAUGGCGAGUUACCUUACCGACGACCAACGGCUGGGCGCCACUAUUUCAGCGUUUACCGAGAUGUGCGUCAGACACGGUUACUUGAACGAAGACUACAGUGUCGCCAAACGUCUAUACGAACCACCGGAAACAGAGCGAGACGCACAUAGGUUUAUGAAAAACUUAUACGGCAAGCUCUACGACGACGUUAUGCUGGACCACGUUUAUAAGUAUGCCGACUAUUUCGACGUGGACAACCUGUACUUGAGACGGUUUUGGGACGAGCACGAUGCCAUUUGUGCAGCGGUACCGGGUGUGCAAAUAGAGUGGAACGUAACGAUAUCACUGUUGGACAACGCCAAGACUUUAAUGGCCAAUCACAUUAAGAAUAACGCGUGGCCGGCAAAGCCGUUCCAGAUGAACGUUUAUCUGAAAUACGUGAUCAGCAUUUGCAAGGUGAAAUUGUUCAUGUACACGUGGAUACAUUUGACAUGUUAUCGGGAAAUCGUUUCAAAACCGUAUUCAAUAUCCAAACUAGACUAUAUUAACGACAUGUUGUAUGCCGUUUUAUCCACGGCUGCGGAUUUACUUUACGCCAACGACGAGUUUGUGGACGAACUAAAAGAUUUGGUUUUGUACAUAACAACUUCAGAAAAACGGGAAAUUCAAAACAUGGCCACUCGGAUAAUGAACAAAAUCGACGUGGAAUCGAUUGCGUUGAGUGAAAACCGUUUGUCACAUAGUUUUAACGAGACGUUCGACCGUCAGAGUUGCACGAUGGAGUUUUUGGAAAACAAUUUGAACUCACUAGAUGGUUAUUUUGGAAACAUUAAAAUCAAACUCGACCAAAUCGACUUUGUAUUCAUCUCGUUUUUUAUUGACGGAGAACAAAACCACGAGGAAACGUUCGUUGUUAACGAACGUUUACCUCAUCAAAAAACGUUCACAGAAAAUAUGUUACGAAGCUUUUUUCAUAAAAUAUUGAAACAAUACCUAUAAUUUGUAAGUAUUACAUUGCAAUAUGUAUAGGUCCAUAACAUGCAUAACAUUAGGUACCCUGUAAUUUGUACCUAGAUAAAUGCUGCAAACCAUUAGUGUGUUUGUUGGUAUUUAUUCGGCAAAUCGUUGAAUGAUUGAUCUUUACAUACAUAUUAUACUUACACGGUAACUAAUGAUCUUUUUCAGCAAAAUAUGCAUUAUUGUAUACAUAAAUAAAAAUAAAACGUUUAAACAAGAAUGGAAGGUUAGCUUCGCAUCAAAAUAAUAAAAUUAUUA